AAGUUAAUGAAGGAUGAAGAAUGAAAUGGUAAAGAUUGAAGGACAUUAUCUCCCCUCGGCACAUGUUCCCGGGAAUUUCGGAGAUUCAGACCGUCAGACCAUAGGGACGCUCAUUUAAAUUUUGAAUUACUUUUGAAAAUUAAAUUAAAUGUAAACAUUGUUUAUAACAGAAAAAUAUGGACUUUUGAAGAUCAGUGAUUGUUAUUUGACAACCUAUUACUCAUCAACUAUUUCAAGCAGAAUGGAAAAUACUGGCAAUAACAAAUCAUUUCCAUUGAACAAUAAAGAUUCUCAAAAAAAUGAUGAAAGAUCAUUUCAUAAUCGAAGAAUGAAAAAGUCUUUUGAUGAAAAGUUUCAAGAAAAUAAUUUAAUAUCAAAAGAGAGCAAAAUAAGGUCAGUUAAACCAAUGUACAAGUCAGCCACCAGUAAAGCUCAAAAUGAAGAUGUAAAAUUCACACAAACCAUGUCAAGAAAAAAUGAAAAAAGGCAGUUUGAUGGUAUGGAUGAAGUGCUAUCUACAAAUGAAUUACAAAAAAACCAAACAGAGCAUGAAGUAAAGAAUGUGGAUAAAAGGAAGAAUUAUUACCAUCCUAAGGAAAACAGAAAUACACGAUUUUACAGAGCAAAUGGUGAAAGAACAAGAAAACAAGCACCUCGUAAAGAUGAAAAUUAUCAAGGUGGUAGAAAAAGUAACAGGCGAAAUACAUCACAGAACUUUAAACCUGCUGUUCAUGUACAACCAUUACAGCAAUCACUGGAGAAUUUAAAUUUGCAAUCAACAAAUGAACCAAGUACUAUUCCUGUGUGUCUAUCAAAUGUAUCUUCAAACAACGUGACUGAGAGAUCACAAAACAUCAGGCAAAGUGACCAAGUUUCAUCACCAACCAAUGAAACUGUAACAGUUGACAAUGCAAGAAAUGAAGAAAAGUUGGACAAAGUACAAAGAUUAAAUACAGCUGAACAAAAUUUUGCCAAUGAUAAUCACAUGAAUGAAAUGAAACCAUUAUUCUCAAAUGAAACUCCAUCAUUAGCUGAUCUUAACACAAAUGGUCUUGGAAAUUAUCUUUCAUCAAGUAUUUCUACUUCUGAAAAUAAUACAGAUCUUCGACAAAAGUCUCAAACUAGUUUAGCUAAUCACAACUCCCUGGUCUCCUCUCAACUAUCUGUCUCAAAUAAUGAUGUAAACGUCAACACAUUACUUCCUGUAAAGAGUGCUCAACAAGAUUUACAUGAGCAACAUCAGACCUCUACCCAACAACAUGAAGAUCAUCGCAUCACUGAACAAGUCGUUCCUCAGGAGAAAUAUUUUCGUAUUUCUGUUGAUAGCUUGUUCAGUACUUCAUUUUUUACAGAAAAACAUCAUUCUCAUGAUAAAAUAGCUGACGCCAACGUUGAUGGAGGUAAGGAGAAAACAGCUAACAACAAGACGUUCUUGGGUAGUGAAAGAGAAGUUCACUUUGUGCAGCAAUUUUCCUCGGAAAGCUCACCAAACUUUUCAUCAAUGAAACCUGAUGGAUACAACACUGACAAGCAAAAUUCUACCAUGAAGAACAUAUUUAAAAAAGAAUCACGCGAUUCUUUAUCACCUAGGCAACGUUCCAAGAACAAUGACAUGUUUAAAGAAGUAAAAGAAUCAGGAAAUGCUUUAUUGGGUCGCCAUGGUGCGGUUCCUUUAACUGGAUUGAAAAACGAUCGAUUUUUGAAUGAAUUAAAACAAUCAAGUACAAAUGAUGGCAAUACCAGCAAUGAACAGGAGUCUUUAACUCAUGAUGAAGAUACAAUUGAGCAUUUCAAAUAUGACUCUUCACUCGAGUGUCCUAUGACGCAAGCAAGUAUAUAUGAAGGUCCAGUUAAAGAAAAUACCGUUGAUGUUUCUUCUAAUUUACAUCUUGAUCCUCAUGUUCAUCUUUCUCCUGAUGUGUUGAAUUCUCCAUUGAAUGAUAUACAAACCGUAAAACCUGUUGUAAAACAAUGUAAUUCUGUUGGUCAAUUCUCAUUAACUGGAAACUACGGAAAAAUCCAUACUCAGUCGAGUUGUUUAUCGUCGACAAAACAUAUUUUACCUGAUGAAACGAAUCAAUCGCCACCCGCUCUUCCUAUUCCUGUUUUAAGUAAUUCACUACCUUCAAACGAAGCACAACAUCUUUCUACUUGCAAUGAAAUUGGUACUCUUAGCAAAAAUUCACCUCCAUCUAAUAACUCCGUUCAAAACCCAUCAAAUCUUUCUUUUCCACAAAUUCCUUACGUCUCCAAUCCUUUUCUUCGUCAUUCAUUACUCUCUCAUCGUCCAGCUAUCCCAUCAGCCUUUGUGUUUCCCUCCAGAGUUGGAAUAAAUAAUGGUCAUUCUACAUUAGGAAACGCUUUAGCUCACAGAGGAAACAACCAAGGUAGUCAUGUUUUUCUUCAUCAUGGAAAUACUAUUUGUUUAAAUGUUGGUGGUCGAAUAUUCGAAAUUUUACCUUCGACAUUUUCACCUUACCCAGACAGCAUUUUAUGGCAAAUAUUUACAGGAAAUGCUCCAGCUUCUAUAAACCAGAGAGGUCAAAUCUUUUUUGAUCGCGACGGGUAUUUAUUUGAGAUCAUUCUGUCGUUUGCUAGAGUUGGUUGUUUCACCAUUCCUUCUAACAUCAAUUUGAACAACCUUAUUAACGAAGCGAAAUUCUUUGGAAUGUUCAAGUAUAUGUUUGAAAAAGGUCAAAUCUCAUCUGGAAAUAUUCUUCAUUUCCAAAGAACAACUCGUUGCACUUUGAGCUGUGAUUUGUCUGCAAAAACACAAGAAAAACGAGUGUUUGUUCUUCAAGGGAAUGAUAAACUAAAAAUUGAAUCUCUAAAAGUCAAUGGAUCUUGUUCACUUUUUGUUGAUCUUUACACUCCUUGUGGCAUUAAAGAAACAAGUGACUUUAUGAUGUACACUGCUGAUAAACCCGAUCUUUGGAAAGCUUAUCAAUUUUGUGCUGAACGCCAGUUGGUGUUUCAUCUAAAGCAUACAGGAACAGAAAAAAAAUUACACCUGAAAUCUAGUGUUGACAUCGUUUUUGUGCAAACAUUUAUGUUCAAGGGCGAAGACUUCAUUCCGUAGUAUUUUAAGUAAUUCUUUAUUAUAACCUAGUUUCUUCUAUCGACUGCUACGACCAGGAUCCAUUGUCUUCUUGUAAAAAAUUCCUGUCUUGUCAUGGUUGCGAUGAUGAUUGGGCACAUAUUUUACGAUAAUAUUUGUUAAUACAUACGAGAGUUUUGUUGAGCCAAUAUUUGAUCGUUUAUAACAAGA